AUGUCUCGCUUGCCGCCGGCGCCUGCUCUCUCUGGAGCCAGUCGAGGUCAUUCUAUCCGCGCGGGAACCUACGAGGAUGAUUCUCAGCACAUGCCUGGAAACUAUGCUGCUGUUCCUACUAUGGCUUACGCGAACCGCCGCUUUUUCGGAGCUGAUAGUGCUGACGCCAGCCGCGCACCUGGGGAGAGGUGCGGGCCAAUGGCGGGAGGCGGAGGCUUCAAUUCCGCGGGCUCCGCGCCGCUGAGGCCGCUUGCGAGUGUGAAGCUGCGGCAGGGGACUAACGAGGACGCGUCGCAGUUAAUGCCGGAAGUUUACCGCGUCGGCAGUGCUAUGAGGGGGGAGUUUGACGCGCACGUGGCGGCUGAUAAUGCCGAGAGGAGUUUGAGGGCACAACCAAAGUACGGCGGCAGCGCGCGCCUCGACCAGCCACUGUUACUGAACCCCGCCGCGGAUCCCGCUCUUACGCGCUAUGCCAGCGCGAGAGUCGGCUCCAAGGGUGCUGCGGCCGAUACAGCCACGGUGUACAAGGGCCGGCUGCUGGGCUGCAACAUGGCCAUCAAGCGACUGCAGGGACCCAGCGAGUACAGCAUGGAAGUGGAGGUGUACAAGGGCCGGCUGCUGGGCUGCAACAUGGCCAUCAAGCGCCUGCAGGGCGGCGGGUGGCAGGGACCCAGCGAGUACAGCAUGGAAGUGGACGUGCUGAGUCGCAUGCGCCACCCGCACAUCGUGCUGCUCAUGGGCCACUGCCCUGACCCCAAUGCCAUGUGCAUUCUCUACGAGUACCUCCCGGGCGGCAGCCUGCAGGAAUAUUUGGCUGCUAGUGCGAGAAAUGGGAGUGGUGCUGGGGGAGAGGGGGUGGGUGAUGGCAGCAGGAGCUCUGCAGUGUUUCAUGGAACUGGCUCUGGUAUGACAUCCUGCUCGGUUGCUAAUUCGGCAGCAGGUUCAAUAGCUGGUGGUACGGUGAAUCAGGUCCUGCGCCAGCCCCUGGCUUGGUACGACAGGGUGCGAAUACUCUCUGAAGUUUCAGGCGCACUGCUGUACCUCCACCAGCAUUCGCCGCCCAUUGCGCACCGGGACUUGAAGCCCGACAAUGUGUUACUAGAUGGUAACCGCAUGAGCAAGCUGGGAGACGUAGGCCUGGCAAGGCUCAUCGCAGAGGACGAUUACAAUGUAACCGCACGCGUGCAAGGCACGGUUGGGUAUAUAGACCCAGAGGAGGUGGCAACAUGCGAAAUUUCAGUAUUAUCCGAUGUGUACGCGUUUGGGCUGAUUGUGCUCCAGCUGCUCAUGGGGGAGCCUCAAGUGAAGGUGGUGCAUCGCCUGCUGACGGACACAGCAGCAAUGGUAGAUGCAGAGACGCGUAGAGCGGGGAGGGUAGGAGGGGUGUGCUCAGAGCCGUGGUCUGCUGCUGUGGACGCUGUCUUGGCACGGCUGGAUAAGUCUGGUGGGGAGUGGCGUGCUGACGUGGCGCGCCAGCUGGCGGAGAUUGGAGUGCAGUGCGCUGACAGGGCAAGGGCGAGGAGGCCUGAUUUGCAAAAGAAGGUGCAGCCGGUGUUGGCGAGGCUGGAGGAGGAAGUGAGAGGAGAGGGAGACAAGGGCAGGACGGAUGUGGACAACCAGCUGCUGUGCCCCAUCUCUCAGAUGCGCAUGACAGACCCAGUGGUGGCAGCUGAUGGGUUCACAUAUGAGCGCUAUGUGAUUGAGCAAUGGUUGGAGCGCAAUGACAAAUCGCCGAUAACAGGAGCGCCCUUCUCUCAUAGUGCAGAGUUUCUGCAUGUGAAGCCCGGCAAGGGAGCUGCGUUCGUGCGCACCAAGCUCCGCAAUUUCAUCACCGGGAACACCGUCGAGCGAACCUUCCGCGCUGGCGAAUCGGUGGACGAGGCGAGUGUGGUGAAGGACGUGAAGCAGUUCACAUACCUUGACGGCGAGGACUUUGUUUUCAUGGACAUGGUGACGUAUGAGGAGACUCGGGUGACCAAGGCCCAACUGGGCGAUAGAGUGAAGUUCCUUAAAGAGGGGAUGGAGUGUAAUGUGCUGACGUGGAACGACAAGGUGAUCGACCUGGAGCUGCCCAUCACGCUCAAAGUGAAGGUCGUGCAGACGGACCCGGGUGUCAAGGGCGACACCGCUGGCGGAGGUGGUACCAAGCCGGCAAUUAUAGAGACGGGAGCUACAGUGUCUGUGCCACUAUUCAUUGAGGAAGGAGAAGCAAUCACUGUAGAUACCCGCACGGGCUCGUACAUGGGACGGGCCUAA